GAGAUCAAAGAUAGCAUUCUCAGAAAAAAUAUUUAUGUUAUUUGGUCCAGUUUACUAUUUGACCCCUUAUUAUUGGAGGCGAUAAGAUAACUCUAAUAAUGAAAGAAAAUAAAUGUUAUUAAACAAAUAUAGUGUUCAGCUUUUCAGUAUGUGUUUUGUAGCUUGCUAAAAAAUGGUGUACAAAAUAAGGAAAUUUCCCGUACAUAUUAUCCUUUCCUUAACUAUCAUAGGAUUUUCACAAGCGAUAAUUGAUCCAAGCUAUCAACAGACGAAAUAUUACACGCCUGGUAUCAAGACCAAAAAUUGGAAAAACGAACACGUGAUUACUCAUCAGAACUACAGCAAGGUUUUCUUCCACAACAAUAUAUCAGGAACAAUAUUAAAUGGCCAUCAAUACGGCGUUCCCAACAAAAAUAAAACAGAUAAUACUGAAGAAACAGCUACAGCAAUACCAUCUCAGGAUAUACUUCAGAUUUUCAAAGAAGAACAAAUUAGGCCAGUAAUACAUAAGAGAAGAAUAGCAAAAGCAUUGGAAGUAUACGAAAAGUGUCCACCCGGCGAAACUGGACAGUUCGUGUACCAUUUAUCUUGCAAUCAGUUCCUAAAUUGUUGGAAAGGCAGAGGAAACGUCCAAAAUUGUGCACCAGGAACUUUGUUUAACCCCAAAACACUGGAAUGUGACUAUCCAGAAAAGGUUGACUGUGUCACAGGGCCUAGGCAAAAUACGGUUGGGAAUCUCAGAUCUGCAAAAUCUAUUGCUCAACCAAGUUGUCCAGAAGAUUUCACAGGGCUAAUACCAAAUUAUACGGAUUGCUCUAAGUUUAUUAACUGUAACAAUGGUCAAUCCAUGUCUCAAGACUGUCCUCCGGGAACGCUUUUUGAUACAAAUAAGAAUCUUUGUGAUUUUCCACAAAACGCAGUCUGCUUCAAUGGACAGAAUGAAAUCACAAAACCAGGUAACCAAUAUGAAGCAACCAGCACAAAUGUUCAUACGAAAUGUGAUCCUUCAACCCAAGGCUGUUACCUGGUUCUACCUAACAGCCAGUAUCCUUACUAUAUCUCUGGAUAUUCUCAAAAAAAUGACGAAGACGCCUUGUCGGCGGGAAGGCAAUUCACUUACUACGGUUCUGGUUAUAGUAGUGAGAAGCAAGGAAACUUUCAAGCCACCAAUUGUGACCUAUCCUCAGGAAAUUGUAAACGUGGACUGGGAUCAUCCAGUAGUCAAAGUGCUGGUCAACUCUGUAACCCACUGACCCAGAACUGUGGCCAAAUCACUGCCCUAUAUGGUAGUACAGCUUCUUGUGAUCCACGAACUCAAAACUGUGGCCAACGGGGUCCAGGUGAUACACAAACUUCAAGCUAUGGAGUAAACCAACACGGAGAAUCUGUCUUGUUGACAGGAGAAGUAGCUUGUGAUCCACUGAAGCAAAAUUGCGAGCAGUAUGGAAAAGUUGGCCGCACCCAUGGAAGUGAUGUAGUAAAAACUAGUGGCCAUGAUUCUAAUCGGGUAACUUAUGGAGAAAAUACUUGUGACCCAAGCGUUGAGAACUGUGGGAGAACUACGGUCUACACGCAUAGUACUGGCAAUGUGCAGAAAUCAUGUGACCCUAGUACUCAGAAUUGUCAAACUAUACGUGGUCAACAUACCACACCAAGCUAUGGAUCUGCAGGUGCAUAUGGCCAAACGGCAGAUUUGGAUCAACAUGGACAAAACUGGUGUGAUCCACGUACACAGAACUGUGGUACACUUACAGGAUAUGAGCAAGCUACAAAGACGGGUCAACAUGGACAUUAUUAUGGUCAAGCUGGUCAGCAGACUCAAUAUGGUUACACGAGACAAGACGAUCGUAGAUGUGACCCUCGUACACAAAACUGUGAUAAAAAUGUUCAAUAUGGUCAAGUUUCUGGGAGAGGACAACAGAACUGUAAUCCCAGCAUGCAGAACUGUGACCAGUACUAUCAUCAUGGUCAAGUCGGAACUCCAGGACAAGAUGUUCCAAGUAAAUGUGACCCUCUUACGCAAAGCUGUGGUCAACAAGUUCAGUAUGUUCAAGCUUUAGCAGGUGGACAGCAGAACUGCAAUCCCAGUACACAAAACUGCGGGCAGUAUUAUCAACAUGGUCAAGUAGAAACUUCAGGACAAGGUGGUCAAAGUAGAUGUGAUCCUCGUUCACAAAACUGUGGUCAACAGUUGCAGACUGGUCACGUUUCUGGAGUAAGCAAACCAAACUGUGAUCCCCGCACCCAAAACUGUGGUCAGUAUUAUCAUCAUGGUCAAGUAGAAACUUCAAAAUCUGGUAUUCAAAGUUCGUGUGACCCACGCAAACAAAACUGUGGUCAACAAGUUCAGGAUAGUCAUAUUUCUGGAGCAGGCCAAGGAAAAUGUGACCCCCGUAUCCAGAAUUGUGGGCAGUACUACCAACAUGGUUAUGUAGGAACUCCAGAACAGGAUGGUCAAGGGAGAUGCGACCCUCGCACACAAUACUGUGGGCAAGAGGCUCAGUAUGGUGGAGCUUCAGGAAGUAGCCGACCUAACUGUAAUCCCCGUACCCAAAACUGUGGUCAACACAAUCAACAAGGACAAGCAGGUACUACAGAAGCAGCUGGUCAAAACAGGUAUGAUCCCUAUACACAAAAUUGUGGACAAGUGACAUUUAAUGCUCAAGUGACAGGAGGUUCUCAAGUACCGUGCGACCCUUUAACCCAAAACUGUGGGCAGUAUCAUCAAUAUGGCCAAACGGGUGCUCCAGGACAAAGUAGAUGUGAUCCUGGUACACAAAAUUGUGGACAAUAUGGAUACAAAGCAGUACAAUCUUUAAGUAACAAACAACAGGGUGCAAAUGCUUCUCCAUGCAAUCCUUUGUAUCAAAUCUGUGCACCUACGGCAGGACCUGUGCAAAACAGCUUGAACGGAGGAUGCAAUCCUCAAGAGAAGAAUUGCUCACCAAGUGGUCACAGAGAACCAAAAAUUCUUCAUCACAACUCGAAGUCAAACGACUGCAUUCCUGGACAGAACUGUGAAGCAGCAACAAACUACAAGAAGGUCUGCAAUAUCAACGAUCACAAAUGCAGGAGCGAGAGCCACAGUAUAGUCAGCAAAGACACAAAUAGUCAAAGGCCCAAGUGUCCAGAUGGAUUCCAAGGCAUCACAAAGCAUCCCACUGACUGCCAGAAGUUUCUGAACUGUGCGAAUGGUCAGACCUUCAUACAGGAUUGCGCUCCUGGCACCUUGUUCAAUCCUAAAUUGGGCAAUUGUGAUUUUCCUUAUAACGUGGAUUGCGACGAGGCGAAGAUAGAUGUUCCUAUCGAAGAAGAUAGUAAUGAUUAUGAUGGGUAUGCUGAAGGUUACACUGAAAUCUAUGGUAGGGUACCAUCUUCAACUUGGCAGGGACAGUAUGGAGAUAACUCACAGUACUCCAAAGCUGGCACUACGGAAAAGACCGACUGGCAAAAGCAGUACGAAGAGCAUGCUCGCCAAUAUGGUUCAAACGCUGGCCACGGGAAUAUUAGGACAUCUCCUCAAGAAUCCAAAACUCGAGAGCAACGAGUGAAGCCUAUAGUUGAGAUCAAUAGAGGCAAGAGUGGAGUUUUGAUCAGACCUGUCACACCUCACACUCUUCCUUCCGAAGAUCAAAGUGAAUCAAUCAGUAGCUUCUCCGAUUAUGUUGACGUAUUUGAUCCUAAAGAGCAGAAAUAUAUUGGUCACUCAACGACACCAAGGUCUGUCUCAAGAUGGCCAACUCCUAUACCGACUACGGAUCCAGAUGCUGAUUAUAUUUUUGAGUACGAUGACGGGGAGCCGAUAACUAUGAAGCCAGAAAAUGUAAUUGUAGCUGAGUAUAAGAAGAAGAAAGUGUGCGGUAAGGGAGAUUUCUAUUGCUCUUCGAAGAUGUGUAUUACGAAGGCUAUGGUUUGUGAUGGACAUAGGGAUUGUGAAAGUGGUAAAGACGAAAAAGGCUGUGAUGAAUUCAUUGGUAGAUUUACACUAAAAAAGAAUGCGCAGUUAGAGGUGCUUGAAAAGCAAAGAUGGAUCAAUGUAAGCUAUACAACGUGUGCUAUGCAAUGCAUCCAGAGUAACACUUUCAACUGCAGAUCGUUCAAUUAUAGGAGGUACGACAGGACCUGUUUUCUCAGCGACUUGAACAUAGGUUUAACAGGAGCUCUCAGACCAUACAAUCCUAUCGAUUACUAUGAACUUAGAACUGGUACGAUUGACUGUUCUGACAAGUCGAAAUACUUCGAAUGUUCAAAUAAAAAAUGCUUACUAAGAGAUCAAUUGUGCGAUGGAACUGAUGACUGCGGCGAUAGGCAAGAUGAAAAAAAUUGUUCGCCCAAAGAUUUCGGAUAUUCUGUCAAAUUGGCAGGUGCUAAGGAAGAAAACCAAGGACGUAUUGAAGUUUCAGCGUUUGGAAAAACUGGAUAUAUUUGCGACGACCAAUUUGGACUUCAGGAGGCAAACAUUGUUUGCAAAGAGCUUGGAUUCGAUAUGGGGGCGAUAGACUUCAAAGGUCAAUCGUACUUUGCCAGAGAUGUGAAAGAAAAUAACACAUUGUAUAUGAUGGAUGAUUUAAAAUGUUUCGGCAAUGAGACAACUUUGCUAGAUUGCAUGUUUGCUGGUUGGGGAAUACACGACUGUCAAGAUCAGGAGAUUGUCGGCGUUGUCUGUAAGACGCCACAAGAAAAAUGUGGAAAAGGCUACUGGAAAUGUGCUACAACCAACGAAUGCGUGCCACUCACGUUUAUGUGUGAUGAUUUGAAUGAUUGUUCAGACGAUUCUGACGAAGAUAGCCAAUAUUGUGAGGCACCAACUGAAAUCCGCCUCGUCAAUGGUUCAUCUGUUAACGAAGGAAGACUGGAACUAAGCCAUUAUGGGAUUUGGGGCACUGUUUGUGAUGAUGAUUUUAACGAAGAUGCUGCCAAGUUUGUUUGCAAACGUUUGGGCUACAAAGGCGCAUCCACUGUCAAAAAAGAAGGCUAUUUUGGUUCAGGUUCUGGUCCAAUCUGGCUAGACCAAGUCUCCUGUUCUGGAGACGAGCUGGAUUUGAAACAGUGCACUACCUGGGAGUGGGGGGAACACAACUGCGAUCACAACGAAGACGUGGGUGUGGUUUGUGAUGACACAGAACCUGAAGUUGAGGUACAAAGACAUGCCAAGCUGCCUCAAAGCGGAGAUACGACUGGUUUGGCGAACGCUUGCGGGCUUAGGAAGGAUUAUCAGUUCAUGGAAAAUGAUCUUAUCCAAGCGAGAGUAGUGAAAGGAGCUACCGCUAGGAAAGGAGAUUAUCCUUGGCAGGCUGCCAUUAGGGCAAAAUCCAAGGACAAGACAGCCCAUUGGUGCGGAGCAGUGAUAGUGGGGAGAAGAUGGGUAUUGACAGCUGCGCAUUGCCUUCAAGGUUAUCCCAAGGGCAGUUACGUUAUCGCGGCUGGCGAUUAUAACGUUGAUGAAGACGAGGGCACUGAACAGCUCAGAUAUAUCGAAGAGUACUUUGUCCAUGAAGAAUUUAGAAAAGGAGGUCACAAAAUGAACAACGAUAUAGCUUUGGUAAAACUUAAAGGACAUGGUUUCGAGUUUACCGACGACGUGCAAGCUAUUUGCCUUCCAGACACGAAUACUGAAUAUGAAAUGGAUCUCAAUUGUACGAUAUCCGGUUAUGGGUCAGUGAAAAGUGGAGUCGCAGGUGAGGUUUUUGAACAAAGUAAACCAUCAACUACCAUGGCGUUGAACAUCUAGAAUUAUGAAUUCUAAGUUCCUUGGAUACCAAAAAUAUAGGCUAAAUUGCAUCUGUGUGAGUGCCGUCUCUAGGACUGUAACCACCGUUGUUUCAUACUUAAUAGUAUGGUAUAGGUCUGGUCAUUUUGAGAUGAAUGACUAAAAGCAUACAAACGAAUAUGAGUCUAAUGAAGUAGUAUUGUAGUAUACAAAAAAGGUGACAGAGGAAACCACAAGUUUUCCAGCAUCUAUGACCGACUUUAAGAAGCCGGAUAAGGUUAGCCACCAAAUAGGCGUUCCGUCGUCACUGAAGAGAGUACUACUCACUACUAAUACUAUUUUUAGCAUAUUCUCAUAGAAUGAUGGCCGCCUGGAUACCAAUUUUAACAAAAUCGGUCUGCAAUAUGCCUCAUAUCUACGACAGUGCUUUGACAGAUGGAAUGAUUUGUGCUGGACUACUAGAUGGGGGUGUAGAUUCGUGUGAUGGAGACAGUGGAGGGCCUUUGGCAUGUUUAGAUCAAGGUUUAUUCACAUUGUAUGGACUAACAUCCUGGGGACACCGUUGUGGGUUCGCCAAUAAACCAGGUGUCUACGUCAAAGUUGCGCAUUAUAGGCAAUGGAUAGAAGAUACAAUACAGAAACAUUCAUGAUUGCGAACGAACCGGAGACCAAUUCUAUUCAAAUUGCACGGGAAGAAAAUAGUCAUUUAGAUCGGAGGGCUCUGAUGAGCAAUCGGUGUUUGUGGUAGUUUGAAUUUGCUUUUUUAUUUACGAAGAUGUUAGAAAUGUUGAAAAUAAAGGCAGUUUAUAAAGUUACGAAA